AUGAUUUUUAAGUAUAUCCAGGAGCCAAUCCUCGGAGCUUUAUUUCGCUCUCGCGAUUCGCUGAUCUACUUAAACCGAUCCAUUGAUCAAAUGGGAUGGAGACUGCCGCCAAGAACUAAGCCAUUCUGGUGGCUUUAUUAUAUUUGGUCCUUAGUGGUCAUAGUACUCGUCUUUAUCUUCAUACCCUACGGCCUCAUAAUGACUGGAAUAAAGGAGAUGAAGAACUUUACGACCACCGAUCUGUUUACGUAUGUUCAGGUGCCGGUUAAUACCAAUGCCUCCAUAAUGAAGGGCAUUAUUGUGUUGUUUAUGCGAGGACGAUUUUCCAAGGCCCAGAAGAUGAUGGACCUAAUGGAUGUUCGUUGCACCAAGAUGGAGGAGAAGACCCAGGUGCAUCGAUCAGCGGCUUUAUGCAACCGAGUUGUCGUUAUCUAUCACGGCAUAUAUUUCGGUUACCUAACUAUGGCCUUAAUCGGAGCUUUGGUGAUCGGAAAGACUCCUUUCUGUCUGUAUAAUCCACUGGUUAACCCCGACGAACAUUUCUACUUGGCCACUGCCAUUGAAACGGUUACAAUGGUUGGUAUUAUUUUGGCGAACCUCAUUUUGGAUGUCUAUCCCAUUCUGUAUGUGGUCAUAUUGCGGACCCAUCUUGAACUUUUGAGUCAGCGAAUCAAGAAUCUUCGAUCCGAUUUGGAUAAAGAAGACGAUGAACAUUACGGAGAACUGGUGGAGUGUGUAAAGGAUCACAAGCUGAUUGUCGAAUAUGGAAACACCCUGCGUCCCAUGAUAUCAGCCACGAUGUUCAUACAAUUGCUAUCCGUCGGCCUUCUUUUGGGUUUGGCAGCGGUAUCCAUGCAAUUUUACAAUACCAUAAUGGAACGUUUGGUCUCUGGAGUGUACACAAUUGCCAUACUUUCUCAGACCUUCCCAUUUUGCUAUGUUUGCGAGCAACUGAACAGCGAUUGCGAAUCCCUGACCAACACAUUGUUCCAUUCCAAGUGGAUCGGUGCAGAGCGUCGAUAUAGAACCACGAUGCUGUACUUCAUUCAUAAUGUCCAGCAGUCGAUUCUGUUCACCGCCGGUGGAAUUUUUCCCAUUUGCUUAAACACCAAUAUUAAGAUGGCCAAGUUUGCUUUUUCCGUGGUAACCAUUGUGAAUGAAAUGGACUUGGCAGAGAAAUUGAGAAGAGAGUAG